CUCCUCGUUGAAUAAAAAUAUUUUGGUUUCGAAAUCGAAGAAAAGUAGUGAUUUUACAACCUCCCUCUCCCUCUCUAAUUAGUAACAUUCGUAUCACCUCCUUAAUAAUUUCAUCACCUCCUUGACUUGGUACAUUGUUACAAAAGGAGAAGAAGAAGAGAGAAGUAUCAUUUAACUAAUUCUUUUUGUUUUAUUAAUUCAAAUAAUUCCAACAAUGGGCUUCCUUCAUAAGCUAUGGGAUGAAACGCUGGCUGGACCUGCGCCUGACUCUGGCCUCAGCAGACUCCGCAAGAAUGCAGUCUCCGAUCGAUCAUCUGGCCGUCAUGCUCUUGACAAAAUCCCGAUUUCUCGCACCAUCACCAUGCUCCGCUCUGACUCCGUCCCAUCUUCUCCGACCACCCCCACCACUCCCGGCUCUCCAUUUUCGCCUACUUCACCAACUGGGGAAUUCAAGAAACUGACUAGGAGAAAAUCGACAUCAGAAUCAUUACCUCGACCUCCGCCUAAGAGUCCAACUGGAUACGAUUGGAUUGUUCUCAGCGCUCUGGAUCGUUAAGAGAGGAAGAAUCAUUUUUCGCGUGUCGACAGAAUAACAAGCAGAUAAACAUAAAUAUUUUACACUAAUUACUACAUAUCUGUAGAUACAUAUCAAUCAACUCGUACACAUGAUCUUAGUUCACAGCUGCAUUUCGGCCGGGCCCUUGCUUCCUCCAUGAUGAAAUUGGAGUGAUGCCUAUGUUUUUUUUUCGAUAUUUUGAUUUUAUUUUUUCUUUUGUAUGUAUUAAUUUGUCCCCAUGGUCUGUGUUCUCGUCCUGCAAAUUGGGUACAUGUAAUAUAAUUCUUCUAUCAAUGGACUUACUAUACAACUAUGCAACUCCAGCACCUUUCUACUCU